CGCUCCUCGCGGGGCAAGUUUGGGGUAAAUGAGAGAGAAAGGAGAGGCAGAGCGGCGCUGCGUGAGUGUGCGUUUUGUGAGACAGUGGACGAGGAUUAUUCGUGACGUUUAAGAUUAUUUUUGCUUCGUUGUUAGAGAGCUAGCUGCUCCUGCGCUGCGUGAUGUCCGAUAACGGAGAAGUGGAGGACAAGCCGCCCGCACCGCCCAUGAGAAACACCAGCACUCUGAUGGGAUCAAGCAUCAAAGAGCCGAUCACGAUGAACCACACCUCUAAACCUCUACCGCCCAAUCCGGAGGACAAGAAGCGCAAGGACCGCUCCAUCCGCUCCAUCCUGACUGGAGGAGGAGAUAAAACCAAUAAGAAGAAGGAGCGUCCAGAGAUUUCUCUGCCGUCAGACUUUGAGCACACCAUCCACGUGGGCUUCGACGCCGUCACUGGGGAGUUCACUGGUAUGCCAGAGCAGUGGGCUCGGCUGCUCCAGACGUCAAACAUCACUAAGCUGGAGCAGAAGAAGAACCCCCAGGCUGUCCUGGACGUGCUCAAGUUCUACGACUCCAAAGAGACGGUUAACAGCCAGAAGUACAUGAGCUUCACUGAUAAAACCUUGGACAGUUACAGCUCCUCCAAUGUUCCGAACUCCAAAGCUGUAUCCGAGACCCCUGCCGUGGCAACCGUGUCCGAGGACGACGAUGAGGACGAGGCCACGCCGCCACCCGUGAUCGCCCCUCGACCCGAACACACCAAAUCCAUUUAUACCCGCUCAGUAAUUGAGCCCCUGCCUCCCGCCCCAGCCAAAGAUGCACCCCAGUCUCCAGUCUCCCCUCCGCCUGCUGAGGGGGGCAGCGCCGCUCCAGCCGCCUCCUCUACCACGACGCGCACCGUCGACAAGAACCGCAAGAAAAAGAUGUCCGACGAGGAGAUUCUGGAGAAACUGAGGAGUAUAGUUAGUGUGGGUGAUCCAAAGAAGAAGUACACACGAUUCGAGAAGAUUGGCCAAGGGGCAUCUGGAACGGUCUACACAGCAAUAGACAUCGCCACAGGACAAGAGGUUGCCAUCAAGCAGAUGAAUUUGCAGCAGCAGCCCAAGAAGGAGCUCAUCAUUAAUGAGAUCUUGGUCAUGAGGGAAAACAAGAAUCCCAACAUAGUUAAUUACCUGGACAGUUACCUGGUUGGCGACGAGUUGUGGGUGGUGAUGGAGUAUUUGGCCGGUGGCUCUCUGACUGAUGUGGUGACGGAGACGUGCAUGGACGAGGCGCAGAUCGCCGCUGUGUGCCGAGAGUGUCUUCAAGCCCUGGAGUUCCUACACUCCAACCAGGUGAUCCACAGGGACAUCAAGAGCGACAAUAUUCUACUGGGAAUGGACGGCUCGGUCAAACUCACCGAUUUUGGCUUCUGCGCCCAAAUCACCCCCGAACAGAGUAAGCGCAGCACCAUGGUCGGCACCCCAUACUGGAUGGCCCCAGAGGUUGUAACCCGCAAGGCUUACGGUCCCAAAGUCGACAUCUGGUCCCUGGGCAUCAUGGCUAUAGAGAUGAUUGAGGGAGAGCCACCAUACCUCAAUGAAAAUCCUCUGAGGGCGCUGUAUCUCAUUGCCACUAAUGGAACUCCGGAGCUGCAGAACCCUGAGAAGCUGUCGUCUGUUUUCCGAGAUUUCCUCAAUCGCUGUUUAGAGAUGGAUGUGGAGAAAAGAGGUUCCGCCAAAGAGCUUCUACAGCAUCAGUUCCUGAAGUUGGCCAAGCCUCUCUCGAGCCUGACGCCGCUGAUCCUGGCAGCCAAAGAGGCCACCAAGAACAACCGCUAGCUCAGCACGAACAAGCACAGCGCCAUCUGUCUUCUUUCUUCUUCUACCCCGAACCGCACGGCAACCCCUAUUGCCCCCUACCUGACUGUUUAGUGGGCAGGAACCUGUAGAGUUUCUGAUGUCAGGGACAUGAUGUGUAUGUGUGUGUGUGUGUACGUGUGUGUGUGUGUGUGUGUACGAGCUCUCAUAGCUCGCCAGAACAAUGACAUCACUGUAUAUGAAGAAUCCACUGGAUGCUACAGUGGAGCCACGCUGUUUAUUUAACAGGAACAGAUGAGUUUCUUUUCAUCGAUUUUAUUUCACUUUGUAUGUUCGUGGUACUUUACAAAUGGGAUGAAGUGAUUGAAAUGGGCCUUUUUUUUUUAAAAUCUGUUUUUUUUUUAUGACGUUUUGUAUAUCCAUGAGAAGGUGAACAACAUAAAUUGAUUAGUGGAAGUUGGAAUAUGAAACGUCGUAGACCGCUGCUCUGCUGCGUCUCAUCGACGACGCUGGUACGGAACCCGAAAACGCCGCUGAUGCACGCACGGGAGGAAACUGCGAAAACGAUAACUUGACAUGAACUUUAAACACGGAUGCUGUGCAUGAAGAGCGCAUCCUCAUGCUUUUUUAGUCACUUCCUUUCACUUGUGUUACUCUGUCCUUCUGCCCUUUGAAAUCAGGAUGUACAUUUCUUAUUGACAAAAUUAAAACAAAAACUGUA